CAUUGACAAGGAAAUAGAGUGAACAGGUAGGGAAGUUCCCUGUGAGCUGCCUCAGCUAUUUAUCUGGGAGGGCGAAUGCCACACUCUGCUGUCAAAGCAGUCCAGAAGGCACAUCAGGAGGGAGCGGAGGGCCUGUCCCAUCUCUGCCUUCCAUCUGAUCCCUGAUAUGAAAAGAAUAAACAUGCUGCUCCUCAGAAAUCUCCCUCUGCUCCUAUGCCUGAGCAUUGCGAGUGGAUUCCGCCCCAAUCAUGAAUCAGGUGGGAUCGAUCCAAGUGACUUCACGGAUACUGAUAUCACGGAGAUGGGUGUGCUUCGGGCCGUGGCGUGGUACAUGGAGAGGAAUCCUCUACCUGGAAAACCACCCAUGACCCCAGGACAGUUAGAAAAUAUGAAGCCACUGACUGCUACUGGACUUUUCAAGGCCUAUUUCCAAGCUGAUGUCUCUCCCAAUCGCUUUGAGAAAGCUCUUCAAGAAAUCACCUCUGGGAAUAAUCUUGUGGAAGUCCUCCACAUGGAGGACAGCAGCUACUUCUUCUACUGUGAAGAGAUUACAAAAAGCAUCAACCAACUCCGAAUCCUGAGAGACUCUGUGCUGUCUGGCCUCAAAGGCCACGUGAAUUCGUCUGCUUUGGAGUCAGCUCGCCUGAGUGCCGGGAAAGCCCUCCAUGUCCUCCAGAAAUUCUACAGCAACACCAACUGGGCUGAAAUGGGCAACAGCAAGCCUUACGAAUAUCUGUUAAACACAACCAGUCGGGCUUUUCCUGCUGCUCCAGCUUCCAAGACAACGUGUGGCAACUGUGUGAAGGAGUCAGGUGGCUGGUAUUCAUGUGAUGAAAACCUUCUGGUGAAAGACAUGCUCACAAGCGGCUACAAGUUAUCAGCAACGUGCAGGACUAAACCGAGAGGCAAAUGUGGACAUGGUGGGAGAAAUGAUGUGACCCAGAAUUUCCCUCCUACGGGUGGCAUCAACAAAGAGACUUCAGACCGACAACUUUCUCCACACUAUCAGUUACACAAACAAGCUGCUGAACUGGCCAUACAAGCCACAAGAGACUUCUUCGUGGGAGAAGGUUUUGGCCUUCUAAGCCAGAUUGGCCAUGAUACUUUCAAGAAGUUUUUCAACAUGGAAGGUUAUUCCCUCACCUUCGCAAUAGACACAACCGGUAGUAUGUCAAAUGACAUCCAACAGGUCAAAACCACCUGCAUUGAAAUCCUCCGAGAAUAUUCUGGCUCUCCUGAUGCACCCUUUAACUACAUACUUGUGCCCUUCAAUGACCCAGGUGUUGGGCCUGUCAUGAAGACCAAUAAUGUGGAUGAGUUUGAGUACUAUAUCUCUCGUCUCCAUGUGACUGGUGGCGGUGAUUGCCCAGAGAUGUCAUUAACUGGUUUGAAACUGGCACUGCAAGAGAGCUUGCCAAGAUCAAAGAUCUUCACCUUUACCGAUGCUGGGGCUAAAGAUGAAUGGCUGAAGGAUGAGGUUAAGGUCCUGAUCGAUUCUACAGGGUCUGAGGUGAACUAUGCCCUCACCGGAUAUUGUUCCAGCCGCAAACGGAGAAGUGUUGCUAGAGAAGAAACGGAAGCUUCUGCCAGAAGUUACGAUAAUCUCUAUGAAGAGCUAGCUGCCUAUUCUGGUGGUUACUACGUGAUGACCUCCAAAAGCCAGCUCCACCAGAUCCUGGGCAUAAUGAAGCUGUCCCUGAAUGCUGCCCCAGUGAAGGUGGCUUAUAGUCACAUGGAUGGGACGCGGUUCUCCUUCCCUGUUGAUGAGACCCUCACAGAAAUUACUGUCUCUGUCAAGAGCAGAGUCUCCUCUGGAUUCAGCAUGACUGUGCUGCAGCCUUCAGGUGCCACAUCAGCCUCCACUGUUGUGAUCGACACAGCCAACCACAAGGUUGUGGAGGUGUCUCCUAUCCAUGAGAGGGGUUCUUGGACUGUGACGGUCUCUCCCAGUGGCUCCUAUGAGGUGGAAAUUGGGGGCAAGAGCUUGAUGGACUUUUCUUACCAGAUUAUGCAAAGGCAGAAAGAGUAUGUGCUCCCUGUCCAAGGGCGACCAGUAAAAGGUGCAAACUACACAUUCUCCAUGAAGGUGAUGGGAGAUGCUAAAGGUGCCGAGGUUCACCGUCUGGCUUACGUUUCUGGUCAAGGAAUCCCCAUCGGCUCUGUGACUUUGAAUCAAACCUCUGAUGCCUUUGGCAACAUCUUGGCCGUUGCCCCGAUUUCCUUGCAUGCUCCAACUACCUUGCUGAUCGUAGAAGGCCUCUCUCCAGGCGGGCUUCCUUUUUCACGAGUGAGUGCUGAACCCAUCACCACAGAGUCAGUCCAGAUCUUGCCCUUGCCGGGUCAAAAUGGGACGCUGUCACCUGGGGAGACUUUGGAGCUCUCUGUCAUGGUGGUGAAUGAUGGGCCAUCAGCUCCAUUCUCCUUCAAGGUUUCGGAUGACCUGGGUCUGAUGAGAAGCUUCAGGCCAACAUCAAGCUUCUUAAAUAAAGGAGAAAACAUCACCCUCACUGCAACUUUCAUAGCAUCUGGAGAAGACAGUAGCUUUGCCUCCAGUAUUGCAACGUUCUCUGCAAAGAGCUCAACAGCCCAGAACUACCUGAAGCUUCCCAUCACAGUCAUUCCUGAGACGGCCCUGGAAACAGAUGAGACCCCUCCGGUCUACAAGCUGCUAGACUUCUACAUGCCUUGCGUAGGCAAACUCCAGCAAAAGCCCAUCUGCUCUGGGCACAGUUGGCGCAUGAGGUUUUCUGCCAAGGACGCUCAGAGUGCCGUCACUGUCCGAGUCAAUGCAAACCCCACCGGUCUGACAUGCAGUCCUCGAGGGACCGAUGGCGAUAAAGAUCUUAUCUGUCACUAUGUGUCAGACUGCUGUUCUCCUUAUGCAGAAGUCCUGAUGAGUGAUGAAAAUGGGAACACGGAGACUCUCACCAUCGACUACCGACGUCCACGUCCCUCAGCAGCCUAAUGGGUUACAACACAUAUGAAUAUAUCUUUGUUUGCUUAUUUUACAUGAUUUUGCCUCACUCCUUAAACCAAAGUAGAUCAAAAAGCAUCUGUGGUAGUACAAGCCCCGUCGUCAGGUUUAGAGUCUAAAGCAGACAUUAGUGUAUUAGCUGCAAUGUGUAAAUGUGUCAAGCAAACCUAAUGAGUCUGUGUGAAAUAAGCAAGAAAUCAUAUAUAUUUUCAAUAUAUACAUGAAAGGAUUUCGUGAGAUAUUUUGUGUUACCAAACAUUUCAUUAUUACAAUUUAUUUAUGUGUCCAUAUCUCUUCUAAGGGUUUUUUAUUCAAAGAAGCACACCUAUAGUCAAACAAUCAAAUCAAGACAUAUACAGAAAGACAGAUUUCACAAAAUAAAAGGACCGUAUCCUUAAAAAAAUAAAAUAUUUUUUUCUUAUUAUAAAACACAAAACAAAAACAAUUAACAAACUCAUUCUAAAACAAUAAUCCCAUCCACAACAACCCCACACAAACUAAACACAUCCUAUACGUAGAACAAUAAAAACUUAUCUAUAAGUCUCA